UCCAGGACCUUCGGCAAUCCAUUCAAGCCAGCAAGUUUGGAGAGCGUGUUGAGUUUAAUCAAUUCAUAACGUCGAGAUGGAGCCGAACUCACUGAAGUGGGUUGGCUCGUCUUGCGGUUUACACGGACCAUAUAUUUUCUACAAAGCCUUUAAAUUUAACCGGGACGGUAAAGCCAGGAUUCUGUCUCUGGGAGACUUUUUCUUCGUCAGAUGUAAACCAGAGGACCCUAUUUGCAUAGCGGAGCUCCAGUUGCUCUGGGAAGAAAGAACGAGCAAACAACUUUUAUCAAGCUCCAAACUUUAUUUUCUUCCGGAGGACACACCGCAGGGACGGACGGUCACCCACGGAGAGCACGAGGUAAUUGCGGUGACAGAGAAAGUGACAGUGCGUCUUAAGGACUUGGUUAAAUGGACGGUACAAGAUUCGUCAGGAUGGACCCACGGUCUAAAGGCCGAGCCGCUCAAACCCUCCGUGCUCCGAGAGCUGGGGACCAAUGGCAGACGGGAGGCGCUCCAUCGCUACAGAGAGAGCACCCACACAAGUGGUCUCAACUUCAAGGAUGUCCAGAGGGAGAGGGCGCAGCUCGGCCAGGAAGAGGACGGGAGGAAGGUGCUGGUCCUCAGUUACCCCCAGUAUUGCCGGUACCGCUCCAUGUUGGUGCGUCUGAAAGAACAGCCGUCAUCGUUGCUCAUUGACCACACGGUGCUGGCGCUGGGCGGCAUUGCAACACUGGCCGGGAACACCAGGAUCCUGUACUGCCGCGACACCUUCGACCACCCGACGUUGCUGCAGAACCAGAGCAUCUGCGACCAGUUUGCCCCCAACUUGAAGGGACGACCACGGAAGAAGAAGCUGUCAAUCUCCCAGAGGAGAGACUCACAGUCUCAGGGUCAAGGGUCAUCAGGGUCCAACCAUGGGUCAACAGCAGUGGCAGCACAUGACCCUUGCAGCACAGAGAGCAAAAGCCCCAAGGUCAAGCCCAGCUGUAAAGCGCUACCCAAUGGGAAAAUAACCUCCAAACACAAGGCCAACAGCCUGAGCAAGAAAUCUUCAGCUGAGGAAAAGGAGAGAGACAAGGAGAGGGAGAGAGAGGAGAGGAGCGGGGAUGAGACAGAGGAGAAGAAGGAGGAGGACGUCUCCGACGAGAGCAGAGAGGAGGAGCAGUCCUUUCUAGUGGAGCUCUACAAGUACAUGAAAGAGAGAGACACACCCAUCGAGAGGAUCCCCUUCCUCGGCUUCAAACAGAUCAACCUUUGGACCAUGUUUCAAGCUGCUCAGAAACUGGGAGGAUAUGAGUUGAUCACGGUGCGCAGACAGUGGAAGCACGUUUAUGAUGAAUUGGGCGGCAACCCGAGCAGCACCAGCGCUGCCACAUGCACUCGCAGACACUACGAGAGGCUCCUCCUCCCGUAUGAACGGCACCUCAAGGGCGAAUCGGACAAACCCCUGCCACUGGUGAAGCCCCGAAAGGAAGGCAGCCAGGAGAAGUCGCCGGGAGUUAAAGUGAAAGGCGUCGGGGCCAAGAAGUUGAAAAACCUCAGUAAUCCCAAGGCGGUGGCUCUGAAGGAGCAGUCGGAGGGCGGGAAGGAACAAUCACAGAUGGUGAAUGAGGACAAUCCAGACCUGGUCAUCAAGCAGGAGUCACACCUGAGAGAUGAGCCAAUCGUGAUCGAGGAGGAGGAGGAGUUACAUCUGACCCUGAAGAAGGAGGAGUCAUCCUCACUGGGAUCCACGGAGCAGGACUGCAGGGCCUCACUGGCCGGACUGCCUCUCCACACCAGACCCGGUCUCCAGCCCGAGUGGCAGCAGAUCAGCGAGGCCCUUCAUGCCAAACUUGCGUGUGAACCACAAACUGAAGGUCAUUUCAUUCCCAAAAACCUGUACCUGCCUCACCGCUGGGAUCUCAACAAGCCGGGCGCACAUGUGGCCCUGCCUGAGCCCACGUCCAGGGUGAAAGACCUAGAGAGUCACGGUGGGCGUGUGGGUAAGGUGUUACCUAUUUGCAAGCAGGCAGACAGACAACCUGUGGACUUGAGCACAGAUUCUCAUCUGGAGACAGACGAAUAUGGGGGUUUGAAGAAAGAGGGUGCUGCUCAGAUGGCGGCUUACUGCAAGUCCAGUCAGGGUGUCAUGUCUCCUCUAGCCAAGAAGAAACUUCUCUCUCAAGUUUGUGAGUCCAAAACCUUCUCCUACACCUCCUCAGUCAGCUCCUUGCUGCCACAUUUAUCAGCAGCUGAGAGGGAGGAGAAGAGGAAGGGGGAAGAGGAGGUGCUGGGACAGAGACCGGUGUCGGACAACAUCCCAGAGGUUGCGCCGAUAUUCAGGCCAUCAGUCAUCCAGCACGCACAGAGCAGCAAACAUGGCGGCGGGGUGUCAGAGAAGUGCACGGCGUCCGAGUGCAGGACCAGCCUUCAAAGCCAAGUCGCACCCCCAUGGCAGCCAUACCUCCCGAGAGUUCGGUCUCAGGAAGAAGCUGCCGGGGAGAAACUGCUCCAGUCAGCUCAGGGCCGCAGCUACGACUGUUACUCGUCCCCACACCUUCACAGUCUGUACCGGCAAACUGAGAGCUGCCUGAACCAAGAGAGAAUGGCUGGGUUCUCCAAUGGGGAGCGCCGGGACCACUAUGGCAGGGACCGAGAGGGCGGUGGAGGGUUCCUGUGUGCCGGUUUAGAACAACAAGGUUUAGCUUUCAGAACCCACUACACCGACAAGAACCAGACCCACGACAGCCUAGAGGCUGACGAUGAACCCAGAGACUUUACUAUAGCUAAACCUUCUCAAAGGGUCUCGUCUUUCUCCAAACCUUCCGUCUGUAGUUUGCCAUACUCAAUCAUGCACCAAGGUUUGGAUUCCCCCCCGAAGGCUUGUCGGGUUCCCCCCAUGACCAUCUCUCCCAAGCAGAGCCCAGCAGAAAAGUCGUUUCCCAGUCCCAAGUCCUCAUCAGACGCCGCCCUCACCAACGCAGUCCGCCCCACCAAACGGGGGUCACCUGAAAAUGAGAGCGACGACACACCUGAAAGGAAAGUGCGUGUGGUGACACCAAUCCACCCCACAUGUGCCAUCAGACGCAGUGACCCAGAAGAGCUGAAGCCGGCCGAGCCUGCCCACGCCGUUCACCAGAACAACCAUCUUCCCGAGGGCCACCCCACCACCUCCUACCCUCCCCCACACACCACACCCCUCUACUCUGGCCUGUACCCACCUGGUCUGGUCACGGCAGCGGGGCAGGAUGGACUCCAGCACCACCCGGUGCUUCAGUACCUGAAGAGCCAGUCUGCGGUGUCCCCCCUCAUGCCCCCGUUAGCGUUUCACUCCAUGAUGCUGCACCGGCAGCUGAUGGCCUCUAACCCCAGCACACACCACUUCUACAGACACCCAGGGGGCGCCGCCAUCUACGGGGACCUGCUUCACCACCCGUACCCCCUCUCCACCCUCCCCCCGCCACAGUUAUCCUCAGUACACCCCAGCACCAGACUGUGAUGGUCCCUAUUUCAUCCCGGGGAGAACUCCCCGCUACAACCCACAAACACUGACUGCAAAACUGAGAACUCAUCAGACUGAAAAUUCCAUUUUUUAUUUGCUCAUGUUUAUAUCCUUUGCACUGUUGUGUAUUUUUUUUUUUAUCACCACUUACUGUAUGAUAUAUUUUUUUUGUUUCCUUAUUUGCACAAAUUCUUAUGUGGUCACUGAUCGCCGCUGUCCCCCUCAAAAGAAUGAGGGAUCAAAAAAGAAAGCCAUUUGUUUACCACACACAGACUUUGCUCCGAAAACACUACAGCUCACCUGAAUUCUUUGCCAAGCCGCUGGUGCUUUUGCUGUCGCAGAAAAGAAUCUGGUGAGAUGUUAUUGCUAAAUUCUUCAAACCUUUUGCGCACCUCCCCCCCCCCCCACCAAAUCCACGGCAAUCCAAACGUCUUCACUCCUGUUUUUAAUCAGUCACAAAUGGGUUUGGCCUUCACGCUCAUGCCUUCACCUCCACCACGCCGCACAGGUGCAUUUUAUCAAGCAGUGGGAGCGACGGGCAAAGUGACAUUGGUACUCGACAGUGUCCUCCCCUGACCUUAUUGCUCUGUGGGCACAGUUGUCAGUUAGAUACUGGCACUCAGUGCAUCACCCCUGAGUCGAUGCUGGAUGAGAUAUUUGAGAGCAGAACUCUGAGACAGUCACAUCAUACUCUCACGAACUAGACAGAUUUUUCCAACGUUGAUUCUUUGGCCAACAAGCGUAUUUGUCCCUCCACUUUGUCCUCUGCCAUCCCUCUCUGGCCACCUCAGAUCUUAUUUUAUCGUCCUACCUCUUAACAAGGUGUUUACAUCCAUUCAGGGUAUUUUAUUUUGAAGGGCUGGAGCAGAUAGGGCUGAGACUGAUGCUGGCAACCCAAGAAACAUUCUACUGCAUAAAAUAAACAUGGCUGUAGAAUUCAAACUGAAAUCAUCACUUCCCUUCAGUGACAUCAGAGACUUCUAAGAUUUCCGAAUAUUGAAGCGUGAAAUCGGGGGAGGGGAUAAUGUGGUUUGGUCAUGGCUCAUUUAAGUUAGCAUUGAAUUGACAUACUUACAACAAAGUUUCUGAAACUGGUGCUACAUAUUUAGGAUUAGCUAGUGCACCGAAAUGUCCGCUGUGACAUGCUAGCUACUGUCUACAUUCACGGCUCGAGGUCUUUACCGCAUUGCUUGCACACUUUUUGGGUAAUCAAACCGACGUGUUUGCGUGGCAACCAACUGUUUUGGACACCUCCUAGUCUGCAAUGUUCCUGGUUGACAGGUACAUUAGAAGAUUCCUGUGUAGCAAAAGUUUUCCCUUUGUCACAUUAUCGUUUCUAAAAAUUUUCAUGCUCACUUUUAAAAGUUAUCCUAUAUGUAUUUGUGUUGUUUACAUCUAGCUAAUCUGGAAGCUAUAAAAUUGCCUCUUGAUACAGGUGCGCCCUACACUGGAACCCUUGGCUAACUCACGCACGGAUAGGUGGCGCUAAAGAGCAAACAGCGUCUCGGGUAGAGGAGAUACAGGUUCGGUUUGAAGAUCCAGUCUGGUCGAUGAAUCGCGAAUGUUUCUUUCGACGCAAUUCCCUCACACGACGAGUCGACUGUAGCAGUGCGAUUAGCAUCAUGAAGCAGCCGUCGAAGACUGCGGAAUGCAAUGUCUAACGAAUCAACAUUUCUUAAUUUCUGAAAAGCGAACAGGAUCUUGCGCUCGAUAGACUCGACUGUAUAAUUUAGUAGAAUGUCGUCACUUAGGAUACUUUCGCUUCUGUGCCUUUCCGCAGUGUCGGAUUAGAGUCGGCACAACGCUCGCUAAGUUUUAUCUUCUGUAGCAGGGUAGAAAUAUCAAUAUUGCCGUCGCUCCGUCUGAUACGCGACGCACCCAGCCGGGCACUUUCUUUUCCCAACAUGUGUGCUUAAACAGCUGGCGGUGACAGGCAGUCAUUUUAGGAAAACCUCACUGAUGCUUCAGUCGGACACGAGACCUGGUGUCUGUCAUCCGCGCGUGAACGUCUGCCUUUAGCGCCCGAGGAGAUCGGCACCUGCUUCGGCUUUAAAGACCACUAUAAUUGCCAUCCAGGAUUUAAAAAAAAAAGAUGAAAAACAAGCCUGGUGAUUAAAAAUAAUAAUAAUUAUCAAACUGUUUUGUGUAAAGUUUUACUGAUCUCAAGAUUCCUGAUAAAAGUACUGUACAUCCAUCGCUGUGUUGGUGAGACUGGCCUCCUGUGCAGAACCUUCAUACGGGAUCAAUAUUUCUCUUACUCUCGUCUUGUACUCGGUGUAAAUAGCACUGUAGAUAUUACCGUGUGGUUGUUAUCAUAUAAAUUGUUAUAAUCUGUAAAUAGUAUUAAAAAAAAAAGUAUAAAAGUCGGUUACACAAUCUGGCUGUUUCACGCUCGCUGUGAUUCACAUUAAACACUACGAUUUAAUGAUACUCUUGUUGGUUGUUUCCAUACAUGUGUUUUUGAUACUGUCGCCAUCUGUUUACGAUCACCCAGCUGGCAAGACAAAAAAAUACGACUUUUUUUUUUUUUUUAUGAUAUGACCUCCUGUAUAUUUAAUUAAAAUAUUUUACUAUC